UCUUGUUUUGUUUUAUAAUUAUAACUUAUAAGAGUCGCCUAGCACUAUCUUCUUUGAAGUAGUGAGUUUCUUUCUUAAUCAGGUGUAUUUAGAGUGGUUAUUUUACUACAGUUUUACUGUCCUUCAUGUUUUGACAAUACCUGCCAGCACUGCUUAAAUAAAAUAAAGGAUCUACCCUUCAGAUAUUUUACGAAGUUGUUGUUUCCUAACCUAUACAGUAGAUAGUCGGUUUUUGCUAUGUCGGUUCUUCGUAUUUUAAUACGAUUCAACAAGUUACAUUUUGGAAGGCUGGCUAUCGCAAACUCUAAAAUUAAUCCAAUUGGCAACUGUGGGGCCGCAGUUGUACACUCCUCUCUGCUAAGUCAGAUAAGAAAUCUGCCAAUCCGCACAUAUUGUGAAGAAAAGUCAGAAGAAAGUGAUGACCAGGCUAAGAAAAUAGUUGACUCAGCCAAGGAUAGAUCGAAGGUCAUUCCUGUAGAUGUUAGCAUACAGUACUUACAAAGCUCAGCAUACAAAACAACUUAUGGCGAAGACCCCGUUUGGACCCACUACCGAAGAAACCAUAAAGGUUCAAUUCCUCCAAAGAAAACCAGGAAGCGUUGCAUAAGACAAAACCAAAUCACAACUGGGAACCCUUGCCCUAUUUGCCGGGAUGAAUACUUAGUGUUGCACCCCAAAAACAUCAACCUUCUCAAACAGUUCAUAUCCCCUCAUACUGGAGAAACAUUAUCAUACAGAACCACUGGCCUGUGUCAGCAUCGCCACAAUGAAUUGUUGGUAGCCAUACUGCAAGCUAAAGACUUAGGCUUGAUCACAUUUGACCUACCAUUUCAUGAAUAUGACUACUCAGAAUACGUCAGUAAGGAAACAUUAAAAAGUCAGUAA